UAAUGAACUGGAAAAAGGAUAUACAAAACUAAAUUAAAUGACCGUUAAAGAUUCUCCAACGAAAAGGAAAUAAUAAGAGAGGUAAAGAAAAAAGGAAAGUGAAGAUUGGCGUUGACGCGUUUAAUGUAACGGAUUUUCUCUAUAAAUACAAACAUCAAUCCAUCACUUAUUCAUUCAUUCACCAACACACUUUUCUUCUUUCACAGCACUCUAAUCUCUCUCUCUCUGUUACGACACAAUUUCUAACGACUCAUCUCCGAGUUUUUGUUGUGUGUUUUCAACUUCAAGGAAGAAGAUGGAAACAAGAGCACUCAAUGUAGAGAUCAGUUCACAGGUAACGCCUCAAGGUCUGUCCUUAGGGUUAUUAAACUCUGUCUUCAUCAGUCAACGUCGGGAGAUCCAAGAAUUUCUCGUAGACGAGAGUGAUGAUGGUAACAUCACGAGUCUCGGCACUUACCUCGAUUCUUCUUACUUUCCCGACAUGUUAUCGCUUCUCAGGCUCAAAGACUUUGAACCAACCACCGUUCAUCAACAAAUCAAGAAACGCUUCAACGAACCUGUCUUGUCCCGACUUGUCACCGACCAGAUUGUUCUCGAAUCCCAACGGAAAGACUUGCCACAGGGACCCUUGUUGAUCACGGUAUUCCUAAAAUUUACAAAGAAAGAGUACUUCGUGGCGCCUUUUAGUUCUGCUCCUUGGACGACAGCGAAAGUAGAAGGAUCUUGUGCGAUUUGUCUAGAGGAGAUGUCGGAAGAGUCGGAACAAGCUCUAUGCCAACCGCCUGGAUGCGUGCAUAUGUUUCAUGAAGAUUGCUUGACCCAUUGGUUGGAUCGAGAUGAAUCCUGUCCUCUCUGUCGUCAUUCCACAAAACCUUUAACCAACAAACAGAGUGAAACUUUGGAAAAGUUAACAGAGGCGUAACUAGGGUUUCUUCAAGUAAUAUCAAUUUUUUUUUUUGCUGCCAACAAUUUAAUGAGUAGUUUUAUUGAAAGUAAUUCACUUUAAUUCUCGUCUUAAAUUCAUCGCAUUAUCAAUUUUUCAUUACAA